AUGGGGAAAGCUGGAAGAUUAUUGACAGUGAACUAUGGAACAUCUCCAUUUUGGUGGUUCCUCACCAUGACAGACACACACGUUGCAAUUAUCGUCAGCGGUGACAACAUCGUGCGGUUUGCAUUCACCUGGAACAUGAAUAUUGUACGUCAAAGCACCGCCUCCGCCAUCACUCCCGCUGCGGCGUCCGCCGCCGCCUCCGCCGUCACCUCCGCCGUCACCUCCGCCGUCACCUCCGCCGUCACCUCCACCGUCACCUCCGCCGUCACCUCCGCCGUCACCUCCGCCGUCACCUCCGCCGUCACCUCCGCCGUCACCACCCCCGUCACCUUCACCUCCGCUGCCGCCUACCCCGUCUCUGCCGAUGCAGUCACCUUCACCGAUUGUGCCAUCUCCACCACCACCGUAUACGCCACUUCCACCUCCGAGAGGUCGCAGCGUCCAUGCAUACUCACGUGA